CAUAGGACAUAGAGAAGAAUAGAGCAUGUCCACCACCAGUAAGCUGCUGGUGGCAGCCAUUGACUUUGGUACCACUUACAGUGGGUAUGCCUUUUCCUUUAAACAUGAGUAUGACAAUGACCCUUUAAAGGUCAGCUCAAACAACUGGACAGCAGGGUCAAGGAGUCUUGUGUCUCUGAAGACCCCCACCUGUGUUUUGUUCAAUAAAGACAAAGUAUUUGAUUCGUUUGGUUAUGAAGCCGAGGAUAAAUAUUCAGAACUCGCGGAGGAGGAGGAACAUGAGGACUGGUAUUUCUUCAAGAGGUUCAAGAUGUCUCUCUUUAAUAAAGAGGAACAACUAACAAAGGCAGUGAAAAUAAAAUCUAUAGACGGGAAGGAGAUGGUGGCUUUGGAUGUGUUUUCAGCAGCCAUUAAAUUCCUGAGGGGUCACCUACUACAUACUCUAGAAAACAGGGCCACAGGGGUCAGAGAAACUGAUAUACAGUGGGUGCUAACUGUCCCUGCUAUCUGGGACGAUCCUGCCAAACAGUUUAUGAGAGAGGCAGCUGUUAGGGCUGGAAUAUCUGGGGACCAGUUACUGAUAGCACUGGAGCCUGAGGCAGCCUCGUUAUAUUGUAAACAUCUGCCUGUAGAGAGGCUUCAGUCGGAGGGGGGAGUCCAGGGAUUCGGGGCCUUCUCCAAGGGAAGCAAAUAUCUAGUUCUUGAUUGUGGAGGAGGAACAGUAGAUAUCACAGUUCAUGAAGUACAACCUGAUCUUAACCUCAAAGAGCUGUACAAAGCCAGUGGAGGGGCAUGGGGAGGCACUCAAGUGGACGAGGCCUACAAACAGAUGCUGAUCAAAAUUGUAGGAGCCCCUAUCAUUACCGAGUUUUCCCGCACACAUACAGCUGAUUAUGUGGACAUGUAUAGAGAAUUUGAAACCAAGAAGCGUGCCAUUACUGGUGACACAAAGGGCAAAGUCACCAUCAAAAUUCCGAUUUCUCUGGUGGAGACUUUUGAAGAGGACACAGGGGAGGAUAUCAAAGAGACAAUAGAGAAUACUAAAUUUUCAGGCAAAAUUACAUGGGUAGGAGACAAAUGUCGAAUCACAGCAGAAGUGAUCAAGAGCUUGUUUGAAGUUGCAGGGGAUCAAAUUGUUGAUCAUGUUAAAGACCUAUUAAAGAAACCGGAGAUCUCAGGAACCAACAAUAUCAUAAUGGUGGGAGGGUUUUCUGAGUCACCAAUCUUACAACACAUGAUCAAGCAAUCUUUUCCAGAUAUGAGAGUAAUUAUUCCCCCUGAAGCUGGACUUGCAGUCCUAAAGGGGGCAGUUUUGUUUGGACACAAACCUGCCACCAUCUCUUCUCGUAUUGCCAAAUAUACAUAUGGUGUUGCUACUACAGUCAACUUUAAUCCAUGUAUUCAUCCACCUGAAAAGAAAAAGAAAUAUGGAAACCUCAUUAAAUGCAUUGACAUAUUUUCCAAGCAUGUAGAAAAAGGUCAGACAUUGAAGUUUGGAGAAGCUCAAAGCGAUAAUACCUAUACGCCAGUGGAGGACGAUCAAACAUCCAUGUGUUUCCAAAUUUACACGUGCACUGAUUUAAAUCCAGGCUAUGUCACCGAUCCAGGAUGCAAAAAACUAGGUGAGAUGGAGGUGAAAAUGCCAGAUACAUCAGGUGGACGCAACCGGAGUGUCACCUGUGAAAUGAUUUUUGGUGGCACAGAACUGGAAGUGAAAGCAACAAUUCAAAAAACUGGCCAAGUUACUCAAGCCAAAUUCAAUUUCCUUGACUGAUCCUCUGAAAAAUCUUUUUUUCACAUAGUGUUCCCAUUUUCUGCCAGUCAUGUUAUGUUUUCUAUUUCAAUGUAUUACAAGUAAGGAAGUUAUGACACAAAUCUUUUCAAACCGUUUUGCACCUUUACAAAGUCAUCUGAAUCAUCUUUCUUUUAAUGACUUGGAGCUGUUAUCCUCAUUGUGAGAAUGUGAGACUGAAAUCACCAUUAACAAAUGCUCAGUACCUAUCAUAUAAUUGUGUUGAAAAUGGUUUUCUGAUCUUAUGAAAGAAAUGUCUUUCUGUGAUACUUUUAGCAUGAUAUCAAUUAAAACAUUUGCAAAACUCUAUAA